AUGAGGUUCCCAUACUUGCUUCUUCUCGUAGCGCCGCUAGCGCAUGCCUCAAUUGGAGACAGGCUUCCUGAGUUUGCGCUGUGCGUCAAGGAUUGCGAGGCCGAGACAUGCUCCACGUCCUCGCCAUCGCUGAAAUACCUACAAGACUCGGUGAACCCUCUCUCAGCCAUUCUUUUUGCCUGGGACUGCCCGCUGGAUUGCAACUAUAAAUGCCAACAGAAAGUGACGCGGAUCCGCCAAAACGCGGGGCUCGACGUGGUGCAAUUCUACGGCAAAUGGCCCUUUCGCAGGGUGCUUGGAGUGACCGAGCUCUUCUCCACUGUGUUCUCCAUGGCCAAUCUCUACGUCAACUACGGGAACUUGCCCCGACUUCUCCGGCACUACCGGGCCAACAAAUCCACGCAUCCCGAAAAGGCCUGCAUGUUGUUCCAAUACCUAGUUCUUUUGGUUGUUUCCAUUGCCGGAUGGACCGGCAGCUCGGUAUUUCACAUACGGGACUUCCCCGCCACGGAAGCGCUUGAUUAUCUUGGCGCCAGUGCCAUGUCGGUGGCCAAUUUCAACGCCAUUUUCGUGCGCUACUUCGGCCUCUUUCGCCACGAGAGAAGACGCGUGAGACGGCUCGUUCACAUUGUGCUUACGAUCGUGUUAUUGGGGCACUAUCUCAAGUUCUUCACGCAGUGGAACUACACGUACAACAUGCAAUUCAAUGUAUUCUUCGGCCUCGCGGCCUUGUCGUUGUGGAUCUUGCACUCCCUAGAUGUCAACCGAAAGUACCGCAAAAACGCCCACAUCUACAGCAACUCGAUGCAUCUUCUCCCUCACGAAACAAGAAUCCUUGCACACCUCAACCACGUGGGGCUAUCGCGCUCGCGAUACGUGCCGCUUGUGCCCGUGGGCUUGAACCUAUAUAUUCUUCUGGCGUUGCUUCUCGAAAUGGUGGAUUUCGAGCCCUGGUUUCUGUUGAUCGACGCCCAUUCUCUAUGGCACCUCUGCACCAUUAUCCCUCCUAUCAUAUGGUACGACUGGAAUGUGUGGGACUUGGAGUUGGCUUCGAAAACAGCCGGCGUAUGA